AUCCCUUAGCCACUUACCCACUCGCCUUCUCUCUCUCUCUCUCUCUCCCUCUCUCUCUCUCUCUCUCUCUCUCUCUCGUAAUGUCUGGUGUGUGGGUAUUCGACAAGAAUGGGGUGGUCCGGCUGGUGAGCAACCCGACCCGGGAAUCCUUCGAGCAGAGUGAUCGGGAGUCUGCGAGGAGGAGGCGGCGGCCCGGCACGGCGACGGCGCCUGGAGCCAGGCCCCGCGUGCUGGUGUACCUGCCGGCGAACCAGGUGAUCCGGUCCUACGCGGAGCUGGAGCAGCGGCUGAACGAGCUGGGAUGGACCAGAUACCGCAGCCAGGCGUGCCCGCAUUCGCCGUCAACGGAGCUGAUCCAGUUCCACAGGUCCGACCAGUCGGCCCACCUAAUCUCCCUGCCCAAGACCUUCGCCCACUUCAAGCCCCUCCACAUGUACGACAUCGUCGUCAAGAACCGGUCCUUCUUCGAGGUCCGUGACCCCUAAGGCGCACGAUAGCCUCCGCCCCCCAGCUUAUAUAUACAACUACACAUAUCCAUAAUAUAUUAUCAGACCAAAAUUUAAUUACACAGCACAACGCGUACCCUUGCCUGUUGUGCAAUGUAAUUGGAUCAUUUGCUGCUAAGUUGCGCCAUGUGGUGUGCAGUGUGCUCCUCUCUCUCUCUCUCUCUCUCUCUUGUACUGCGGCUAGCUUUUUAAAUUAAUUAAUUCUUAUGAUGAAAUGAAAUGGUUCAAUUAAA